UUCAAAUUCCAAAAUAUCCAGUCCAACUCAGGUGGACUGGAUGGAUGAGUUUAUGCCACCACGUUGGACGCAAGGGAUGGCCGCCGCGUUGUGCUGGCCGGGACGAGUCACUUCUACAUCUUAAUGUCGCUGCCGACGCCGCUACAAGCCACACUCGAUCUGGCGCUCACGGUCGGGGCGGCUAGCGCGAUCGUCACCGUACUCGCGUUCAUUGUCUGGUGCACUUACCGCGCUGGCAGCCGCCAUCGGAUACAAGCAGCCAUCCCCAAACCGAUGAGCAGUGCUCAUGCGCUGAAAUCCACCGAUGGUGCCGUAGCCUCUCUCCAGCCCACCAGCGUCCAAGUCACGUUCUCCCGCGACACGCUGCCCAUUGCCGGGUCGUACGUCGUGUACACGAUUGAGCUCGUGUACGCGAGUCGUGGCGCCUCGCCGUUGAAAAUCGUGUUGGAGAAGCGGUACUCGGACUUUGACCACCUUGCCUCGCACGUCAAGAAACAAGCAAAGGCACUCCACGUGGACAUGCCCGUCGCGCUGCCGCGCAAGACGCUGUUGUUCAACUCGUCCGAUACGUUCCUGGAGCAGAGACGCCAUGGGCUUCAAGAGUUCCUGGUGCACCUGACACGCCACCCCGUGCUGUCUCAACUGGUUUGUGUCCGGGAAUUCUGUCGGCUGGACUAAGCCUGCAUAAAACUACGUAUUUAUCGUUAG